AUGAUCGAAAUUUCAACACAAAAACCAUACGCUUACCUUCCAACGCAAGGAACCAAUCUCCCAACAUCAAAAACAUAUUUUGCAAGACCAAGCUCGAAAACAUUGUCACACUAUGUAAGAACAGAACCUGCAUGGAAGGCUACUUCUUGCCCAACUGCAAGUGGUGGAGUAGUGGAACCAGCGUUUACUCCAGUGUUGGAUGAAAAUGAUGCUGAACCCAAAAACUCUGCUCGUUCCUCAACAUCUGCAAGGUCAGGCAAAGACACCAAACAGCCAACAACAUCAAAACCAACACCAACCAAGGAACGUAAAAUAUCAAUAGGGAAGACCACAUACAGCACAACUUUCCAACCUCAGGCAAAUAUAAAAUCGCAGCCGUUUCAUCAGACAACUCACCACUCAAAACCUUUUGGAGAUUAUGGAACUGUCGAUUUUCAAACAGAAUACUGCAGGAGAUUUAAACGAUGA